UCCAGUUUUUAGCGUUCGAUGGUUGUUCGCUGGAUUUUGAGAAUUUUGUCGUAUCAUUUUUUGGAAAAUCGUCUAAAAAUUUGUCAUGUAAUGUUGUGAUAUUUGUGUUAUAAAUCGUUUACAAGUUUCAUUUUACGAUAGUGUUCGUGUCUUUACGUUACUUUGAUCGGUGUUCAGUCUCGUUGAUUUGUAGUCGAGUAAUUUUUGUUGUGCUACAGUAAGAAAAAUGGACGAUAAUACAAAGAGUGAAGUUCUCGCGAAAUUCGCCUCGCUCACCGGAGUCGAUGAAGAACGUGCUAAAUUCUAUCUAGAUAGUUCAGAUUGGAACUUAGAGCUCAGUUUAACUCAAUAUUACGACGACAAUGAUGGCGAAUUCGAUCAAAACGUGCCUCGUAGCCAUGCUGAUGUUCCACCAACUGUAAGUCAACCAGCACCUACGCGAAAACCAGAGAAAAAAUCUGUGAUAAAGUCUACCGGAAAUAUACGAACCUUAUCUAAUAUUAAACAAGCUCAAGACUCCGAAAGCUCUGACGAAGAAGAUGGUCAAGCUUUUUACGCUGGUGGCUCUGAACACAGCGGUCAACAAGUUCUUGGGCCUCCGCGAGCUAGACGGAGCGAUAUCGUAACUGAUGUAUUUCGUUCGGUUCGCGGAUUUGGAGCUGAAGUAGCUGAUCCGCGAGCUUCUAGUUCAAGAGGACAGCAUUCGCAUGCGUUUUCCGGCACUGGUUACAGAUUAGGUGAAACAGGCGAUGAUUCUCAAGUCAUUCCUGGUGAAAAAACCGAAGAUCAGUCUAUGGUUGAAAUAACGGUGAGGUUUUGGAAGAACGGUUUCAGCGUUAAUGAUGGGCCUUUAAGACCCUACGAUGAUCCUAAAAAUCAAGAAUUCUUGCAUCAUGUUAAACAUGGUGAAGUUCCCAAUGAAUUUGCUAUGCAAGUUCGAGGACGUGAAAUAAGUUUCACUAUGGAAGAUAACAGACACGCCGAAUAUACCGCAUCAUCUUCCAAAUCAGCCUCUUUCUCUGGUGCUGGCCAGAAACUAGGAAGCAUAACACCAACAUUAUCAUCACCUUCACUUGCCAAUGAAUCUUCUACAAGCGAAGAUAAUGCUCAAGCGAAUCCAGUCGAAGUAGAUAAUUCCAAACCUACCACAAAUAUUCAAAUACGUUUAGCCGACGGUUCACGUCUAGUUGGAACUUUCAAUCAUAAUCAUACCGUCGGUGAUAUCAGACGUUACAUCAAUGCAUCUAGUCCUCAAUACAGAGAUCGAGGAUAUAUUCUGAUGUCGACUUUCCCUCGUAAGGAGUUCACAAAUAAUGAUGAAACUAUCGAGCAAAGCGGAUUAAUUAAUUCAGUCAUCAUGCAGCACCUGGUGGCCUAAUUUUUAUCGGUUAAUAUACAUACGUUUUGAAAAAUAUCACGUGCGUUGUUUCUUUCUGUAGAAGGAAUAUGAAUGAUUUUUCACUACGUAUUUUGAGAUUGCAUACACCACCGGUUAUCUGUCUGUACUCGUUCGAAUAGUUAUCGUGUUCCCGGUACCCCAAACUCCUUGUAAAACAUGACAACAUCGUUAUUUGCACAUAUAAUAGAAUUAUCAGGCCACCUAUUUGAUUUUGGGUUCCCAUGAAAUCGAUGAAAUACCUUCAUGUAAUAAUAUGUAGUUCAUCUAACAGUAAGACGCACGAUGAAGAAAUCACAUCGAGGGUUUUUUUUUUUUAGUUAUACGAAAAGUCGAACUAGCAUUGAAAUGUUUGUUAUUUCGAAAUUUUGUAUUUUUGUAUAGUUCGUCCCUUUCUCCCAUUCCCGUUCCCACUCCCUAUAUUAUUAUUACUAUUCAGAUAAUUUUUAAGCAUGUAUAUUUUAUUCAUGAAAAAAUUAGUUUUCUUUUGUUUUCAUUCAAAUGAAUUUUUUUAAUGAA